CCCCUACCCUCCCCCUCGUUGUAACACAGACCUUACGUGUUUUUCAUCUCGGCCAGUUUUAUUCCACCUCCGCAAACCACAACACGUCCCCGCACCAGAGCUUGUUUGGAUAUAGGACUAUUAAAUUUGCCCCUCUGAAUUUACCAAAAGUCAUAUUGCGGUUUCGAUUCGCGUAUUUGAAACCUGUUUACGCAGAUAGAUAAUGGGGUGCUGUUCAGGACGAUGUAUGCUGAUCUUCUUCUGCACUCUCCAAUUGAUGACAGCAUUGGAGAGGCAGGCUUUGGACUUCCUUGGAUACCAGUGGGCUCCCAUCAUGGUCAACUUCCUGCACAUAAUUAUGGUUAUCCUCUGCCUCUUUGGCACCAUUCAGUACAGACCACGCUAUGUUGUUCUAUACCUGCUGUGGACAUUACUAUGGGUGGCAUGGAAUGUCUUUGUGAGCUGUCUCUACUUGGACCUGGGAGGCCUUUCCAAGGAGAGCGACCUGCUUUCUCUGGGUGUAUCCUCACACCGUUCAUGGUGGAAAGACAACAGUCCAGGCUGUGAUGACAGGGGCCUUCCUGCCACUAGAUGGCAGAGUCUGGAGAGCCCAGAACUCAUCUCUGCUCUGGGAUGCUGGCUGGAAUAUCAAUACAUAGAGGUCCUACACUGCAUUGUACAAGUCCUAAUCUCUUUCUUGGGAUUUGCCUACGCCUGCUAUGUGGUCAGCAUCUUCACAGAGGAGGACAGCUACUAUAAGUAAAGAUUUCAAGUGGGUUGAAAAUGACUGACAGGCAAGGAGGGCAGAAGAGGUACAAGAGAGUGGAAUAUCUCCAGUCAGUGAAACAGAAGACAUUCCCACAAUGCUCACAAAACAUCAUUCCUCUGCCUACCAGCACUCUUAAUGCAUACUAGAGUAAACCAGCAUGAGUUCUCUGUUUAAUGUAAUGAUGGUCAAUACUAGCUUAAUCCCAGAUCUGCAAAGGUGGAAAGAGUACAGAAAUAUCCUACUCAAGUAGAAGCACUGUUAGUUUAAUGACAUUUUAUUAAAGUAGAUGUCAAAUUACUGGUGUAAAAAAACUCAAAUAAAAAAAGUAGCAAAUUUAAAAUAAAAUAAAAGUAAAAAUAAAGAAGUUACUUUUCAAAUAAAAACAUUGACUUGAUACUUAGCUAAUUUCGCUAAGGUUACCUGAAAGUUGUUAAACAUGAUCUUUUCCAUGCAUUACAUUAAAAAGAAAGAGAGGAAAUUAAUAUUCAGUGCAAGGAACUAGGAACUAAGUUCAGUGCAACAAUGCACAUCUGCAUGUAAAAAAACUAAAAAUUUGUCAAAAUUAUACUAUUAAUAUUAGAAAAUAAAGUAAACAUUCAAAGUGUAUUUAUGAUUUUAAAAAGCAAUACAAAAUAAAGUGCCUAAACAAUAAAGUUGACAGACUUCAAUAUACUUCAGACUCCAGAAAUAAACAUAAUAAUAAUAAUAUAAUAAUAAUAAUAAUAUAAUAUAAUAGGAUUAUUAAUACAUAAUAAUCCUGCACCCAUUCAUUACCCCUUCGUUACUUGUUACUUGUCCGUGGGAACGGGUGACAUUCACUCACUCCCCCAUUCACACACACUCACUCCCCCUCUUUCCACUCACUAAAUCACUCACUAAAUCACUUGCUCACUCACUCACUAAAUCACUCACACAAACACACACACACACACAAACUCCCCCUUUCACUCAAUUACCAGGGGUGGAAAGAGUACUCAAAUAUCCUACUCAAGUAGAAGUACUGUUACUUAUAUAACAUUUUACUCAAGUAGAAGUAAAAUGACUGACUUUGAAAAAAAUACAAAAAAAAGUACAAAUACUUGGAAAAGCUACUAAAUUAUAGUAACGAGAGUAGUUGUAAUUAGUUACUUUACACCUCUGCAGAUCUGUUUGUGUUUUUGCCUGCUCCAUUGUCAUUGUCAAGUUGUUUGGCAUAACUAUUCCUAGUUGGCAAGAGAGCAGAAACAGACCGGUACCCAGGCUAGGUCAAUACAGGUACACUCAGAACACUACUGAUACUUCUGACAUAACAUGUAUCAGUGUGCAGGAAAUAGUAUUCGUUGUAUUAUGACAUAAUGGCACUUUGUAAAAAUAAGCAAUUAUGCAAACAGUUGAAUAUGGACCGAAUCUUAUAAUUGUGUGUCCUACAUUGAUGUUAAUGAGAGAUUUGCACGAAAACUACAGUCACGUGCAAAUUAUCAAAGUUAUGUAUACAGAUUUCAAUUUAGGAUUUGGACCUACACUACCGUUCAAAAGUUUGGGGUCACUUUGAAAUGUCCUUGUUUUUGAAAGAAAAGCCAUUUUUUGUCCAUUAAAAUGACAUCAAAUUGAUCAGAAGUACAGUGUAGACAUUGUUAAUGUUGUAAAUGACUAUUUUAGCUGGAAACGGCUGUUUUAAAAAAAUGGAAUAUCUACAUAGGCAUACAGAGGCCCAUUAUCAACAACCAUCACUCCUGUGUUCCAAUGGCACAUUGUGUUAGCUAAUUAAAGUUUAUCAUUUUAAAAGGCUAAUUGAUCAUUAGAAAACCUGUUUUCAAUUAGAUAUUCCAUAAAAAAAACAGCAAUUUCCAGCUACAAUAGCCAUUUACAACAUUAACAAUAUCCACACUGUGUUUCUGAUAAAUUUGAUGUUAUUUUAAUGGACAAAAAUAAUGACAUUUCUAAGUGACCCCAAACAUUUGAACGGUAGUGUAUGUGAAGGUAUCCGUCAGCGUGUCUCUCUGUGUGUGUGUGUGUGUUUGUGUUGCUGUCUUUCUCUCUCUCUCUGUGUGUGUGUGUGUGUGUGUGUGUGUGUGUGUGUGUGUGUGUGUGUGUGUGUGUGUGUGUGUGUGUGUGUGUGUGUGUGUGUGUGUGUGUGUGUGUGUGUGUGUUUGUACACAGUACAGUACAGUACAGUAGUUCAUACAUGAGCAUGUACUGAUUCCAGACACCAGAGGAAAAUAAAGACAUUUAGUAAAUAAUCUUCAAUAUUGUGAUAGAAAUAAGUUAAUGUCAGUGGUUCAUGUAAAAAACAAAAAUCUUAAAGAUAUAGUCAGGAAGCAUCUCCUAGGCCUACCUCUGAAUGUAGAUGUCACUGCUGGAAAAAAGCCCUGAAUGUAUCUUUAAGUGGAUUUUGUUGAAAUAAACAGCACUUGUCUUUUA